AUUUACACGUCGAGGCGGAAAGCUCCGGCGAGGAUAUGGGGAUAGUGGAGGAUGCUCACAACGUGAAGGUCGUGGGGUCCGGCGAGAGAGUCAUAGUCCUGGCUCACGGAUUCGGCACCGACCAGUCGUUGUGGAAGCACCUGGUGCCCCACCUGGUGGAUGAGUACCGCGUGGUUCUCUACGACAACAUGGGCGCCGGCACCACCAACCCCGACUACUUUGAUUUCGAUAGGUACUCCACCCUUGAAGGAUACUCACAUGAUUUGCUCGCAAUCCUGGAGGAGCUCCAAAUCGAUUCCUGUAUCUUUGUUGGCCACUCUGUUUCUGCCAUGAUUGGCGCCAUCGCUUCGAUCACUCGCCGUGAUCUCUUCACCAAACUCAUCAUGAUCUCCGGCUCCCCAAGAUAUUUGAACGAUGUGGAUUACUAUGGGGGAUUUGAGCAAGAAGAGCUGGACCAACUGUUCGAAGCAAUGCGGGCGAAUUACAAGGCUUGGGCGUCCGGGUUCGCUCCGCUGUGCGUGGGGGGCGACAUGGAUUCAGUCGCGGUGCAGGAAUUCAGUCGGACCCUGUUCAACAUGAGGCCUGACAUAGCCCUGAGUGUGGCGCAGAUCAUAUUCCAGAGUGACAUGAGGCAUAUCCUGGGUCUAGUCACUGCCCCCUGCCACAUAAUACAGAGCAUGAAGGACUUGGCCGUCCCUGUGGUGGUGUCGGAGUACCUACACCAGCAUCUCGGCGGGGAUUCCAUCGUUGAAGUCAUGUCGUCGGACGGACAUCUACCCCAGUUGAGUUCACCGGAAAUCGUAAUCCCCGUGCUCCUUAGGCACAUUCGUCAUGAUAUAGCUGUUUAAUUAGUCAAGUGUUUUAAUAAGCUUAAUUAAGGAGUUGACAAUUAGCCAAUUAGGUUAAUUGUCGGUAAUCUUUCGUUUUAGUUGUUGCCGAUCCGCCGGUGUGAUUGUUUAUGUCGGCCGGCGGUUUGUUUUUAGAAAUUUAACUAUGUCACUUUUGUGCUUUCAAGUUUCAAUGUUGGCUUGGCUUUCGAUGCGUUCAGUGAUCGGCGGAUUUGCAUGUCUAACGUUCAGGACACGUGUCGAACUUAAGCAAGCAGCGUGAUGGCCCGCGCCUGAUUGAAUCCGGUGGACGGUUCAUCCGAUCAGAAUAUCUAUUUUUCAGUUGCUGAUACGUAGCAAGACUUAUUUAUUAAUCAUUACUUUUAUUAAAGAAAAUUCAGAACA